GUUUGAACUCUAGCGGAGCGAGAGGGACCCACGCGUUCCCACUCCACACCGCUUUACGUUUCCUUGACCGGAGGGGGGCAAUGAUAGGAUGCGACAAGGCAUAAAAAAGUUUUGGAUCAAUGAAUUAUCAGGACAGCCAAGCUGGAGUAAAACAGUUUAAAUGAGACUGUUUCUGGUGUUGAGUUCCACGUACCCAGCAGGAGGGGGACAAAGAUGUGUGGUCACGACUCAUGACGCAACCCAGUUCGUCAUGAACUGAAUCACAUUGGAAUUUAUUUAGUUUCGUGAAACCAGGUUAGCACUACGGUGGGACACGUUUGUUUUAUUAAGUUGCUUAUAGCAUUAAUAUAGCAAACCCUGCGCUCUACUUUUCACCGCUGGAUUAUACUCUGCAUAGUAGUGCUUAUUCCUGAAAGUGGCCUUAGUGAAAUCGCCUUUUUAUCGCCUUUUUUCACAAUACGGAUAUAUUCAUACUCUUACACUCUGACAUACUACAUUGCCUUGCCUAUUUUACCCAGUGGUGAGAGGUUGCGCUUUACACUGAAUCGCGAGGGGCUCUGGGUAACUGUUACCGAAUUCUCUGAGAAGACAAUGCCUGGCAUUCCAUCUGUAUACCUGUGGUCGCCUGCGUACAGAGAAGAGUCUCGGUGAAGAGAGCGCUACGUUUUGAGCACUUUUGCAGUUUCGUUUGUGUCUCUGUUGAAUGCACAGUUUGAUUUUGUGCAGCUGGAAAAGAGUCGACAGACAGCUUCAGCACCGCGUCUCUGAACAGCUCCCGUUUCCCUUCGGCACAUUUCCCCCCGGUUGAAUGGGCGCUAUUUGUCCCUGUCUUUCAUAUAGCUCUUAACUGCAGGCGACUGUUUGCAAUGGCAUCACACGGAUUUUGGGGUCUUGGCGCGCCAGAGAAUGCUGGUGAUAAUACCAGCAACCAAAGCCCCACUACGCCCAGGGCAUGGUGCCAGGCGGCGGCCCAAAAACUACCUGGAGGCAUUGGAUCGAAACUGUGUGCUCUACUCAGUGUUGCUGGAGAGGGCGAGAAAACAUCCGAGCCGACAUCCACCAAACUGGAUGAGACAACGGUUGGGACCUGCGGAUGCAACAAACCGUGCAAUUGUCUGAAGGCGACUGAGGCGACUCUCGGUUUCUCAGAUCUAUAUUCAACAGAUCUACUACCCGCGUUGGAUGGUGACUUGAAGACAAUGACUUUUCUCCAAGAAGUUGUGGAUAUUUUGCUGGCAUAUAUCACGGAAUCGUUUGAUAGGGAAACGAAAGUCAUUGAUUUCCACUAUCCCAAUGAAUUGCUUCAGAGAAACAACUGGGAACUGCAGGAUGAGCCAGAAACACUGGAUGAUAUUUUGAUAAGCUGUCGUGCAACUCUGAAAUACGCUAUCAAAACAGCCCACCCCAGAUACUUCAAUCAGCUCUCUACAGGAUUAGAUAUGGUUGGUCUUGCAGCUGAUUGGCUAACGUCCACCGCAAACACCAACAUGUUCACCUAUGAGGUGGCUCCAGUGUUCGUGCUGCUGGAAUACGUCACUUUGAAGAAAAUGAGGGAGAUCAUUGGCUGGGAGGAUGGCCGAGGGGAUGGUAUCUUCUCUCCCGGUGGUGCCAUUUCCAAUAUGUAUGCCAUGCUGCUGGCUCGCUUCAAGAUGUUUCCUGAAGUGAAGGAGAAAGGAAUGUCAUCAGUCCCCAGACUGGCAGCCUUCACAUCCGAGCAUAGUCAUUUCUCAAUCAAGAAAGGAGCAGCAGCCCUCGGCAUUGGUACAGAGAGUGUCAUCUGCAUCAAAGCAGAUGAGAGUGGUAAAAUGAUACCAGCUGACCUUGAAAGGAAAAUACUGGAAGCCAAGCAGAAGGGAUUUGUGCCAUUCUUUGUGAGUGCGACAGCUGGCACCACAGUCUACGGAGCCUUUGACCCCCUCAUUGCCAUCUCAGAUAUCUGUAAGAAGUACCAAGUCUGGUUUCACGUGGAUGGUGCGUGGGGAGGCAGUCUCAUCAUGUCCAGGAAGCACAAGUGGAAGCUAGAUGGAGUUGAGAGAGCCAAUUCAGUGACAUGGAACCCUCACAAGAUGAUGGCAGUCCCACUGCAGUGCUCAGCCCUGCUGGUCCGGGAGGAGGGGCUGAUGCAAAACUGCAACCAGAUGCACGCCUGCUACCUGUUCCAGCAGGAUAAGCACUACGACCUGUCCUACGACACCGGGGACAAGGCCUUGCAGUGUGGACGUCAUGUGGACAUCUUCAAGCUCUGGCUCAUGUGGAGAGCUAAGGGCACCAUCGGGUUCGAGGCUCAGAUUGACAAGUGUCUGGAGCUUUCGGAGUACCUGUACAACAAGAUCAAGGGCAGGGAAGGAUAUGAGAUGGUCUUCAAUGGAAAGCCUCAACACACCAACGUGUGUUUCUGGUACCUCCCUCCUGGCAUGCGGUACCUGGAGGACAAAGAGGAGAAAAAGAAGCGCCUGCACAAGGUGGCUCCAGUGAUCAAGGCCAGGAUGAUGGAGUACGGGACAACCAUGGUCAGCUACCAACCACAGGGGGACAAGGUCAACUUCUUCCGCAUGGUCAUCUCCAACCCCGCGGCCACCUUUGAGGACAUCGACUUUCUUAUCGAGGAAAUCGAGCGGCUCGGUCAGGAUCUAUAAGACUUGUGUCACCCAAAUAUCCCUUCCCUUUUCCCUAAACGGAUGAAAUGUUUGUUGUGAAUGUGUUGGUAAUCUAUUUUUCUUUCUUCCAAAGUCAUAUAUUAUAACAAGGUAUGUUUGAGAAAAAAAAUAAUCGAUAGAUAUAUCCAUAUUUAUGUAUCGUAGCUUUGUCGUGGACCUCCUUGGUCUGGGCCUCUGUAAAAGUUUUUCCUAGUGUAGAGUAGUGUAAUUGAUGUAACUUUAUAUGUAUUUUUGUGAUAUGAAAUGCUAGUGCAAUAGGUUGAUGAGGAAGAGUUUAUUUUCUAAUUGUUUUCUCAUUUGCCAGGUAUAUUGGAAGUGCCAGAUGUGGUUAAAUGCCAUUGUAAGCUACAUUCUAGUCUCACUCAUGUUUAAAAGAACAUUCCGCUGAUCUCAACUCAGUCCACUGCCUUCACAUUUGCAUACAAGCAGUGGUUUUGGUAAAAUGUUGGUUGACUCACUUCUACUUGUAUUAGAAAACAAUGACAAAGUCUCCAAAUCCUACACAUCCCAUAACUGUAGUAUCUGAAUUUAAACACAUUUCCAAAAAAUCUGGAGGAUGAAAAGAGUAGUGCCUCACAGCAGUUAAGGAGAAAGGCAAUGUUAAUUGACUACACCAAGCAGCUCUAAGAAUAGCGCCACAAUAAUACUCUUCAAAGCAGCCAUGUUUAUGCUCAACAGCAAAAGCACUUUUCAUUUGAUGACCUCAUUUAUUUAAUGUCACUUUCAAUUCUCUCUCUGGUGUGUAGUGGGUACAAGAUGACAUAAACUCAGCAAAGAAAGAAACGUCCUCUCACUUCAACUGCGUUUAUUUUCAGCAAACUUAGCAUGUGUAAAUAUCUGUAUGAACAUAACACGAUUCAACAACUGAAACAUAAACUGAACAGGUUACACAGACAUGUGACAAACAGAAAUUGAAUAAUGUGUCCCUGAACAAAGGGCGGGGGGGGGGGGGGUCAAAAUCAAAAGUAACAAUCAGGAUCUGGUGUGGCCACCAGCUGCAUUAGGUACUGCAGUGCAUCUCCUCCUCGCGGACUGCACCAGAUUUGCCAGUUCUUGCUGUGAGAUGUUACCCCACUCUUCCACCAAGGCACCUGCAAGUUCCCGGACAUUUCUGGGGGGAAUGGCCCUAGCCCUCACCCUCCGAUCCAACAGGUCCCAGACGUGCUCAAUGGGAUUGAGAUCCGGGCUCUUUGCUGGCCAUGGCAGAACACUGACAUCCCCGUCUUGCUGGAAAUCACGCACAGAACGAGCAGUAUGGCUGGAGGCAUUGUCAUGCUGGAGGGUCAUGUCAGGAUGAGCCUGCAGGAAGGGUACCACAUGAGGGAGGAGGAUGUCUUCCCUCUAACGCACAACGUUGAGAUUGCCUGCAAUGACAACAAGCUCAGUCCGAUGAUGCUGUGACACACCGCCCCAGAACGUGACGGACCCUCUACCUCCAAAUCGAUCCCGCUCCAGAGUACAGGCCUCGGUGUAAAGCUAAUUCCUUUGACGAUAAACAUGAAUCCGACCAUCACCCCUGCUGAGACAAAACCACGACUCGUCAGUGAAGAGCACUUUUUCCCAGUACUGUCUGGUCCAGCGACGGUGGGUUUGUGCCCAUAGGCGACGUUGUUGCCGGUGAUGUCUGGUGAGGACCUGCCUUACAACAGGCCUACAAGCCCUCAGUCCAGCCUCUCUCAGCCUAUUGCGGACAGUCUGAGCACUGAUGGAGGAAUUGUGCGUUUCCGGUGUAACUCGGGCAGUUGUUGUUGUCAUCCUGUCCCUGUCCUGCAGGUGUGAUGUUUGGAUGUACCAAUCCUGUGCAGGUGUUGUUACACGUGGUCUGCCACUGCGAGGACGAUCAGCUGUCCAUCAUGUCUCCCUGUAGUGCUGUCUUAGGCGUCUCACAGUACGGACAUUGCAAUUUAUUGCCCUGGCCACAUCUGCAGUCCUCAUGCCUCCUUGCAGCAUGCCUAAGGCAUGUUUACGCAGAUGAGCAGGGACCCUGGGCAUCUUUCUUUUGAUGUUUUUCAGAGUCAGUAGAAAGGCCUCUUUAGUGUCCUAAGUUUUCAUAACUGUGACCUUAAUUGCCUACCGUCUGUAAGCUGUUAGUGUCUUAACAACCUUUACACAGAUGCAUGUUCAUUAAUUGUUUAUGGUUCAUUGAACAAGCGUUUAAACCCUUUACAAUGAAGAUCUGUGUAAUGAUUUGGAUUUUUACGAAUUAUAUUUGAAUGACAGGGUCCUGAAAAAGGUCCGUUUCUUUUUUUGCUGAGUUUAGGUGUGUGUGACCGAAACAUAUGACGGGGAGUAAUUCAGGCCAGUUGUAUAGUCAGCCAUGUUGUUUGUACCUCUCAGUAAAUUGAUAUACACUGAGUAUACCAAACCUUAGGAACACCUUCCUAAUAUGAGUUUUAACCUGUCUCCUCCCCUUCAUCUACACAGAUUGAAGUGGGAUUUAUCAAGGGAUCAUAGCGUUCACCUGGUCAGUCUAUGUCAUGGAAAGAUUAGGUAUUUGUAAUGUUUUGUACACUCAGUGUAAUUCUGUGGCAUUGUCACCUUCUUGGGAUAGACAUCAGACCUUUAAGACCAGAGUCUUCAUUGGAGAGAACCUGUAUUUAAAGUGGAGUGAAGAGAUUUGGUCAAUAUACUGCUUAUUUAUGGGGCCAAUGAGCGAUUACAUGUAGAGAGAGGUAUUAGAAACGGAUAGAAUUUUGUUUUGAGUAUAGGCACUUCACCAGGCUUGCAGCUAUACUUGACAUCACUUGCACAAAAGCAUAGGGAAGAGAGGUGCCUCCCUUAUCUUUGUGGUUGAGGCAUCUACUGCGUAUUAAUUCUCAAGCAAUUACGUAUUUAUCUGGCCAAUAAACAAAGUUAACAAGCAUCUUUUUGGUCAACUCAAUAGUCUGCAAAAUUAGAUGAUCAUAUGCAAGUGUCCAAAAAAUGUAUAACUUGCAAAACAAUGUUAAAAGUUAUGGACAAUUGCAUAGGUGAGUAGAGGGCAAGCACUGCUUCACUAUAAGCAGGGGUUUUGUAGCAUUGCCAUUAGAACACAAGUUAGAGAAGCACAAUUUGCUCAACAUGGUUUGUCAGUGUACAAUCACUGUUAAUCAUAGGUUGUAAAUAGAAUUUUUAGAUACCAUAACUGCAGUACAUAUCUAUGUGUAUGCAUUUGUGUAUACAAAAGGCAUAUAAUCAGAGACUAUUUGUGAGGUAAAAUUAUUCAUAUUUUCUCUUUUGAAAGAACAGUAUUUUCAUCCCUGUUAGUUGAUAUUGCUUCUUCCUGUGUUUUUAUGUCAAAAUACUUGACUUGAUUAGUGUAUGAUAGCUACUUCAAAGAUAAAUGCGUUCAGGGACUGGCUUUCAAAGGAAAUUUUCCGAAUUCAUCUGAGAAACCAUUUCAGAUUAUGACUAUGGUACAGUGUCGAUUUCAAAUGAGUAUGCAAAGCCAUUUCUAAACUCAAGCCCUGUGGUUUUUGUGUACAAGUGAAACAGUACUUGACAGUAUGUGCCAAUGUGUACUUUUGUGUGUUUGUAACUGUGUUGCCUUAGUAUCAAUCGCCAGUAUUGUCUAGUUCUCCUCAAAGGGAAGAUUGUGCACUUUAGACUAAACGCAUAAGAUGACCUAAUAAUGUGCAAUGUCCAAUGGUUGUUCAUAGUUCGAUGUUAAAAAACGUACACAAAAAAUGGAAACUGUCAUUAGUCUGAAUGUGUGGCGACUUAAGGGUCUGUUGGAAGUACCGCGUUUGAUUGGAAAAUGCUUGCUUUUAUUGUUCCGUUGUUUUGUAGUUGGAGUGAUCUUUAGAUAUGAUGAAGUCCAUCAACUGUCUUCAACAAUGGAAGUUUAAAUAUUUAAAAAUAAUACAAAAAAAUGCUGCAUCCUUAAAUCUAUUUUCUGAAGUGAUUCUAUCUUUCCAUCCCUUCUCUAAAUUGUCAAGCACACUGUGACACAAGCAACAUUGGCUAUUGAAUCAUAGAAACAAAAACAAGAAUCUCACUGUGGUAGUCGGAAAGUCAGCCAUUUUGUUUCUCUUGCUGCUGCUACUAGAUUUGCUUCCUUUGCAUGUGCAUGAAACGCCUUGCCUUUCCAGCUUGUGAAAUACGAUCUACGGUAUAUGUAGUCCGGUUUCCACUAGUUGCCACAGCCACAAGUUAAAAUUGGCUUUUUCGUAAAAAUGUAUUUAAGGUUAGGGUUAGGCAUACGUUUAGCAGUGUGGUUAAAGUUAGGGUUAAGGUUUAAAACCACAUUUUAUGAAGAUUUUAGAAAUAGGCAGGGUUUAUGACUUUUUGGCUGUGGUAACUAGUGACAACCAUGUAGUCCCUCUUAAGAGCUUUAGCGCCAAAUGAAUAGCUUAGCUUAUACUAUAUGUGCACUGUCGCUAGCCUUUAACAGCUGCUUUGUGUAUCGUUGACGUCCUGUAAAAAGUUAGCUUCUCGCCCAGCAAGCAUGCUAAUCUUGCCUUGCAACUGUCCUCUCUGUGCUAAUCUAACUUUCUCUAUACUGUAUCUCUUUCGCUUUAAUUCUGUCGCUAUGAACGUAGAAUAAUAUAUCUUUAUGUGUAGAUCCCAAGCAUGCCUUUCUAAAAGCUCUUCUAUACAUAUAUAUAUAACCUCUCUAUCUCUCUCUAUCGCUCUCUAGCUUUGCCCUUGUAGCAAUCAAAUCUCUCUACGAAUAAUGUAUUGCUUUCCUCUGAAGUUUCUUGGCUACCCACAAUAUUCGCAGUCUGUAUGAGAAGGUUUUUGGAUUACGCUGGCUUGUGUCAUGGUGAUGGACUUGAAAAACAACAUUACAUAAAUAGUUUCAUUUAACCGUGUCAGUGGAAUCUGAAUAUAAGCGGUCCCUUUUCCUGAGGUCCCUAAUUGCCUGAACUGGUGUAUGGAAACAAUAGAUCCUGUACAGUCAAGAUUCCCAACCUGGUUUCUGGGAUGAGUCUAAAAUAUAUUAUUUUUGCCCUGUAACAAAGUAUGUUUGAAAUGACAAUCUGAGAAUUGACUGUAUUUACAGCAAUAAACACACAAACAUGCAUUCAUGUGAUACAAGAAGAAUGUAUUAUAUAAACUUAUCCUGUAAACUUGGUUAGUGGUUUUGAAUGAAUAGGAACACUUAUGUACAGUCGCAUGUAUACAAGCCUCUCUCAAACAUCCCGUUAUCUUGAAAUGUGUGUCACUCUCUUGGGGAAAUACAAAUAAAUAUUCUUCUUGCCAAAAGUUAAA